CACGGAUUAAUGAUCCACCUGCGUCGGCAACGUCAAUUUUCCCCUACAGCUUCGCUAUAAAGAACCCGAUGACGGUUCUUCAUGGAUGUCAUCGGUCGUCAAAUAUGUGUCGAGCUGCUCGAGGGCUACCUCUCUGAGAGCGGCCCAAUUGUUCAAUAGCCGUCCAUGGCCGAAGGUACCAUACUAUAAUGGCGGCUUCUUCUUCUCACCGUGUCCUACCUUGACAUUGACCUCUUCUACCCUAAGACUUGGUUCCUCGAUCCGAUCCAUAAGAACUGCUAGCAGGCUGGAAUCUGCUCAUUAUGGACCCGAUCACGGCGAUCAGUACGAAUCGGUGCAUCAGUCAUCUCAUGAUCCCGCCAGCCCCGAAUUCUGGAGGCUGUUACGUCUGCAGUCUCCGUUCAAUAGAUCCUUCGUUGAACGGAAUCCUGAUCCAGAGGAACAGAAGAAGGAACCCACCGAGCCGGAGGUCUCCAGUGCUGCAACGGGAGGAGUGAGCUCGAUAAGAAAAGAAGAGAAGUUCGUUUAUGAGGAACGGGGCUACGAUCAGGAUGUGGACGACACAUCAAAUCAUCCAAAGACUAAUAGCGCGCUGCAAUCAAGUCCAAUCCCCUAUUCCAGGCGUUUAGUUAAGCGUCGACAGCCAGUCAUAAAUGAAAGGAUCGAUCCUCGCAGAAGGCCCAAAAACAGUCAUGCCAAAAACAAAAAUCCCGAACUAACCCCUAACGAGUACUUACUACUCGUACUUCAAAGGGCGCAUCCACGUCACGGCACAAAGAGUCACAAUUGGGCUUGCAUCGAAGGAAACGAGGAUUUUCUGAUUACCGUCAGUCAGGAGGCCAUCGACCAUUACAAACACUUCCACCGCCCAUCGUUACAAGAGAUUGUCGCAGACUACAUACAGCAAGUGGAUAGCCACCUGGAUUCAGUCGACGUACCACUCCUGGAUCCCAAUUUGGAUGACGAGAGCCGCAGCAGGUACUCAGGUAGGCUCACCCAAUUGACUAAGGGCCUGGAAGAUAUCUUUUGUGAAGAAAAUGUCGAUCUCCUAGCUUCACGAGGAUAUACCGUUGCCGAUGUGGUGACAUGGGCGUGGGUGUUGAAAAGCACGACACCAUAUGAAGCUUGCCUUCGAAUCCUAUCACUGGAGAUCGAACAAAGUGGAGCCCUGAAUCGGCCGUCCAAGAAAGUACCGCCAUUCAUUCCGCUACUUCUUCUACGACAGGGUCUCGAUCUCAAAACCUUCAGAUUACUCCUGGUUUACUCUCUAGACCACAUGACCGGGCAGUCUUUUCGAGUGCCAGAUACCACAACACAGGACCCAGCAACCCAAACCGCUUUCAAUGAAAAGGGCUCCUUCAAUCCGGUUGACCAGCUCAUUGAUCCCAAUACGUGCGCAACAUUAGUUGUUCGCUUGCUGCAUCAUGCACGUGAACUCUGGCCACAGGCCCAGCUUAGCAUCGCUCAGGGUUGGGCAUUCUACAUGAAUGCGUUGAAUACCGGUGGUCGGGUAUGCAAUGGCGAAAUUAAGGGCAUCCAUCAGUUAUUAGCCGACAAGUGUAAUACACUACUCCGCGCUCUCUCUCUCCCGUGUCGACGCGACCCAUUUCACUCUGCCUCAAUCCAGCAGCGCUCUCAGUUUGAGCUCCUUCGCGCUAUGGCCAGGCAUCAACCUGUUUUGCCUGUCACAGAACGAGGCUAUCAAAGCCUUGUCACUGUCCAGCUCGCUCACAAGAAAACGGACGCUGAACGGCAAUCCGCAGAACUAAAAGCUCCAUCUUGGCCACCGUGGAAGGAAGAUAAGAUAGGGUACGACGUCGAUCGGGGAGUUGAGGGCAUGAAAAGCCGCGCGAUGCGAGUGUUAGCUCAAAAGGUAGAGGUGGGCUAUUCUUCCUCUGCUUGGGAAAAUAUGUCUCGUAUCCUAGCGGGUUGGGACACGGACGGAAGCCCGACAAUCCAAACUCGGUCCCUGGCGUUGUCUCGGCCCGAGAUAUUGCGUCAUGUUUCAAUGCACUCGGAUCACUAUAAGCUUUGGGAAGCACGAAUUCGCGCCACGAGAACUGUCCGCGAAGCCUGGGCCUGUUUUUUGGCAUAUCAUAACCGGAUGUUGCCAGUACAUGGUGCCAUUUAUGCUGCCAUGGGGGAGAAGCUGAUCUACUCCAAGACCAGUAAAUCCAGGCAUAGCACGGCCCUACCAGGCGAUGGGAGAGAGGUUUUCCCGGAGCCUUCGUCCGCCAGGGACUGGAUCUAUGUGCCGUCCGAACCACCUGACUUGCAUGGGUUUCUGCAUCUGAUGCUCUCCAAGGGUAUCCGACCGCGUGGUCGGUUUCUUGCCGCGCUUCUACAACAUGCACCAAGUUAUGAGUCCGGGCUGGGAUAUCUUUGUUGCAGCACUUUGACGGAUGAGCAGCUGGGGGCUUUGUGCACUGUCUGGGGACGCAAUUCCCCUCCUUCAUGGUUGAAGCCGGCGCUGAACGAGCUCCCUGGUUAUAUUAUGAGCGCGUUCGUUGCCUUUCUCUGCAAGUAUUGCGGGUCACAUCUUACAUUAAGUAAGGUAGAAACACUUUCAAACGAUCUAUUUCCCAUUAAGUUUGGUCCAAGAACCUAUCACGUUCAGACGCUGUUCUCUCACGCCAAAGAAAUGUUAGCCAACCCCCGCUUCCGUUAUUACUGGGCGCUGCCUCAUGCUAUGAAGCUGUUGCGGACGCGCGACUCACCAGACCCUAAAGCUUGGGUUCAUGUCUUAUCUGCUGUACUUGAUCAUCCGGUGUACACAGUCCCCGGUAAAGCGCAGCCGUUGGUGGCUUGGUAUGAGGUCCAGGCGCUCACGACCUGGAUGGAACAAUGUCAAAUCGACACUGGUCUAGACGGAUUCAGGGUUCUCUGUAAUGGAUUCUCACGUGUUAUGAACAUGAAGAUGCGAUCCUCCGACUCCGCAGGAAUGAGUGUGGCCGUUGUACGGUUCAUGGCACAGCGCCGCUUCCUCCCUUUUUUCGACCGCGUCCCCCAAGAAUUCGAAGGCGUCAAACACAAUGCCUUGGAUUUCCUGAAACGACGGUUCGACAUGUGCGUGCUCGGGGAUCCAGUGACGUCGGAUUUUUAUGAGCACAAUUCCUCCUCCAUUCAGGGUGCUACCGACUCGCGGGUGGUGCUGCCGCCUAUGGUUCUGGUUCCAUCUCCUGCCGAUCUUCAUGCCUUCGUUCGCGUCCUAGGGUUCGCCCGAGACAUGGACGGAUUGUCGAGCCUUCUAAGGUGGAUAAAAAAGCAUGAAUUUCCACUGAAGGAGAAAUAUGACGAGCACCUGAAUGGGGGUCGGAUGAUGCGCCGUGUCGUAGUAGCCUUCCGAGUGAUGUUGGAGAGACGUUGGAACGGACAGACACCUUGGAUCCGAGGGGAUCUGAACUGGGAUCCCUACGGGCAGGAAUACGAUGAGCCUGAUGAAAUGGAUUACACCAGUCCCCGUCUUCAAGAGGCAUAUGACAUCGUCAGUUCCUCGCAAGUCUUGGGACCUUGGCCAAGUAUUUCGGAGGCUAGGCAUUACUGCUUUGCACACCCAGGUCAGACAAAGGGGCAGCAUUGACCAGAU